GGCAGUUCAAUAAAGCAACGGCGGAUCUCGCGGUUCGGUUUGGUUCUCUUUACAAUCUCUGUGUAUUGUUUUCAACUUGGCAACUUUCAGACGGCCGCCCGCCUCGCUGUUGUCGCAAAAGUAUAAUUCGCAGCCAUGUUGUCAUUCAUUCUCAUCCAGAACCGACAGGGUAAAACCCGUCUAGCAAAGUGGUACGUCCCCUACAGCGACGAAGAAAAGAUCAAGCUCAAAGGCGAGAUCCACCGCCUAGUAGCCCCCCGCGACCAAAAAUACCAAUCCAACUUUGUCGAGUUCCGCAACCACAAGGUCGUGUACCGACGAUACGCGGGCCUGUUCUUUUGCGCCUGCGUCGACACGAACGACAACGAGCUAGCCUAUUUGGAGGCCAUCCAUUUCUUUGUCGAAGUGCUGGACAGCUUCUUCGGCAACGUCUGCGAGCUGGACUUGGUCUUCAACUUUUACAAGGUGUACGCCAUCCUGGACGAGGUCUUCUUGGCGGGCGAGAUUGAGGAGACGAGUAAACAGGUUGUGCUGACGAGGUUGGAGCAUUUGGAUAAGCUGGAAUGAUGACAGGAGGAAAUACGGCGUUGGAAGGGAAGAAAAGGGCGAAACGGAUAAGGGGCUAGGAGCCAAGGGGGUGGAUGAAUGCGGAUAAGGGGGGCCGGCUGACUGACGGACCGCGACCGACCGACCGGCCGACACACGGAAAUAUCAACCAGGGGCUUGGGAUGGACG